GAAUCUGCGCGGGGUUGCGUGCGAGAAUCGAAGCGUGGAGGCGCACCGUUCGAUGAUAAUCUGUUCGAAUUCAACAUGAGUAGGUGUCGCUGUCGAGAGGGGUUUGAGGGGAAUCCGUAUCUGUCGUGUGUGGACAUUGAUGAAUGCAAGAACUCGAGUUUGAACAACGUGUGUGGAUUUGGGAGUGAUUGUGUCAACACAGAAGGGGGUUUCGUGUGCAAGAAUCGAAGCAAUGGCAGCCACAUGAAAUCUAUGAUCAUCGGCUUCAGUAGUGCGUUGGGUGUUCUUCUUCUCUUGGGUGGUGUUUGGAUAUUGUUUAAAUUCAUCAAGAAUCGGAUUAGGGCUAACCGGAGGAGGACAUUUUUCAAGAGGAACGGAGGGUUGCUGUUGGAGGAGCGCCUCUCUUCCGCCGGGGCCGCCGAGAGGAUCAAAUUCUUCGGCCCCACAGAGCUGGACCGCGCCACGGACGGGUACGACGAUGAUCGGAUACUCGGCCGCGGCGGGCAGGGCACGGUCUACAAAGGGAUGCUGCGGGACGGGCGGAUUGUGGCGGUGAAGAGGGCCAAGAGGAUUGGUGAGGAAGAAGUGUUUGUGAACGAGGUUGUGAUAAUGUCGCAGAUCAAUCACAGGAAUGUGGUCGCGUUGCUCGGGUGUUGUCUCGAGACGGAGGCGCCUCUGCUCGUGUACGAGUUCGUCCCGAAUGGGACCUUGUCGGAGCACAUCCACGCCCGGGAUAAAGACUACUUCCCGUUGUCGUGGAGGAUGCGCGUGAGGAUCGCGGCGGAGGUGGCCGGGGCGCUCGCCCACUUGCACUAUUCGUCCUCUGUUCCUAUAUAUCAUAGAGACAUCAAGUCCUCGAACAUACUCUUGGAUGGUAAGUACCAUGCCAAGGUUUCGGAUUUCGGGAUAUCUAGGUCGGUCGGGGUGGAUCAGACUCAUCUCACGACGAGGGUGUUUGGGACGUUCGGGUACUUGGAUCCGCAGUACUUCUGGUCGAGUAGGUUCACGGAGAAGAGCGACGUGUACAGCUUUGGCGUUGUUGUUGUCGAGAUUUUGACGGGGGAGAAGGCGGUUUCCGCGGCUGGAAUUGAAUCCGGGAGGAAUUUAGCGGCGGAUUUCUUGCAUUCCAUGGAGGGAGAUGAUUUGCUCGACAUGCUCGACCCCGAGGUUAUACAAGGUAGAGUGGAUCAAGUUAUGAUGAUGGCAGAUAUUGCUCGGAGAUGUUUGCAUCCGAGUGGGGAGAGAAGGCCGACGAUGAAGCAAGUAGCGACGGAAUUGGAAGGAAUUAGAGCAAAGGAGGAGGCCUCUACUUUGCCAUCUUAUCGUCAUGAAUCAGAUUUCCAGUCUGUUGAUUUGGGAGAGGAUUAUGGCUUUUCAUCAACGUCGGAGACUAGUAGUUUGAGUGUCAUCACUCCAAAAUCAACUUGAUUAACGGCUAUGGAUUUAUUUCUCAAUUGUUACAAUAUUGAUUCUUCCAUUCUAUUGUACAAAAUUUAUCCAAGCCUUUUUCUCUGUUGUACAAUUUAUAAUUGUGUUUUAUAUGUAGUUAUUUUUCUACU